AGCAGUCAAAUGGUGGACGAGCCGUCUCGGAAGGCCGCACCGAACGAAUUGCGGGACAACAGGUGCUUAGAAUAACGACGAUCAGGACCAGUGUGUGGAACUUAAAUAUUCUUCCUUAAUGAUACUGGCAAAAGUCGCACCUCAGUUCCGCUUCCUCUUUUCCCCCUAUUUCCUUUGUUUUCUCUGUGUCAAUGUGGAACCCGGCGUCUACGUCGUGGCGACCACACUCUCCCUCAUUACCCCUAGACUGGAAGCAGGUGUUUUUGGUCCCGUGUUCACGUUCCCCCCCCCCUUUUUUUUUGUAGUGUUACCAUGGCUGUACGGAUCACAGAGUGGUCUGUGGUGUUAAGGGGAAAACGUUUUGCACUGUUUUCGUUUCGCGCUGCGA